AUGAAGGUCUUGUUCUCAUUAAUUUUCAUCUUUAUCGCUACCCAAAUCAAAUUAAACCAGGCAGUUUCAUCAUGUCCUGAUUGCAAUGGGUCUGACUCGUGGACUUCUCAAUCGUGUUCCUGUGAAGCAUCCAAAUUCAAAAUUUACUCUGAGAGUUUCAGGUCGUUUUGUUGUGGAAGUUUCUGCCCAGCAUGUCCCAAUUUUACUUUGACACAAUCUUGUGAAUGUGAAGCUGACGAUCUUACUCGUAUUAAUAGCCCAAAAAUAGGAGGAGUUACAGAAAUAAAUUUCUUCUUAUGCAUGGAGAAAUCACUAUGA